GUAGUUAUACCUUUAUUCUUCACAGUUUUUAAAACGUCGAAAUUAAAACUGUAAAAAGAAAGAGAAAACAAGGACAAAUGUUCGAACUUCCCAAUUUUUCAAUCUGGCAUAAUCAUAAAACAUGGCUCGAAAUUUCGAUUUGGAUUGAAUCCGAUCUUUAAACCAAGUCAUAUAAACAUAGUAAGGAACAAGCCUUUCGCAGUGCAUACACCGAACAAACCUAUUCUCGUAAUCGAUAUAUGUUAUCGGUUUGGAUUUUUAAUAUUUUCACAACAGCACAUCUCUAAUGUGGCUGUGCCUGUGGUAAAAUUCAAAAGAAAAAAGCAAAACACUACAUGUAGCAGGCGGCAACGGAUUACGGUUGAUUUAAAAACGAAAAAAGAACUUACCAUAAACCUAUUUAAUCGAAAAAAAUUAGUUACUAACAAUGAAUACAACAAAAAGCGAUUUAAUGAAAGCUAUCCGUAAUGGAGAAUUAGAAAUCAUAAAAGAGUAUUUGCAUCAAAAUAAAAUGUCUGAUGAUCAACCAUGGGCAGGAGGAUAUGCUCUUCUGCGCAAAUCAAUUGAGCAUAAUCAUACUGAACUGUCUAUAUUACUUUUAAAUAGCGGAUCAAAGGUAAAUAGUAAAUCUCCCAAAAGAAACCACACAAAUACAGCACUUCAUUUUGCUGUGCAAAACGGUGAUAUAGAAAUUAUACAAAUGUUAAUAAACCGAGGAGCUUAUCUAAAUGUACAAAAUAAAAUUGGCUGGACUCCAAUCAUUUAUGCAGUUGUUAGAGAGCAAAAGGAAAUAGCUGAAAUGCUUUUGAGAAAUGGUGCCAGUGUUUAUGGUUUAAACAAUGGCAUGGUUUAUCUUAAUGAUCAUGCUAAAUCUAUUUUACAUAAAAUCAUUAAAAAAGUCAAAGGCGAUGGUAUUUCCAUUAAAAAUUCCGCUCACAAUAUGAAAAAUUCCAAAAUAACUCCACAAAAUUGUGAAUUAUUUGGAGAAAAAGCAAUAAAAAAGACAAAACAAGGUUCAUUGAAUAAAAAACUACAUAGUGCAGUAAGACAAGGUAGUGUCGAAUAUGUAACAGAAAUGUUGAAUAGAGGAAGCAAUGUAAAUGCAUUUGAUAAACAAAAAUUAACACCUCUUUUCUGUGCAGUUAAGAACAAGAACGCAUUAAUCGUUGAAUUACUUCUGAAUAAAGGAGCCAAUUUUUGUGGCAAUAAGCUUGGCAUAAGCCCGCUCCAUAUUGCCGUCGACAGUGGUGCAAUUGACAUUACUAAAAUACUUUUAAAAGCCGGAGCUUUGGCCAAUUCAGUUUGUGAUUAUUUUCGAAGAGAAUAUUAUUCUGAACCCGGCAAUAUAUUAGAUAGCAAAAAAAUAACACCACUUCAUAUUGCGGCUCAAAAAGGGUUUUCCAAUAUAAUUGAAGUGCUUUGCGAAUAUGGAGCCGAUGUAAAUUCACCUUCUAGUAGAGGAUACACAGCACUACACCUUGCAGUAGUAAAUAAUAAACAAGAUUGUAUUAUAAUGCUUUUAAAAUAUGGGAGUUAUGUCGAUGCAAAAAACAGUUUGGAUGAAACUCCUCUUCAUAUUGCAGGAUUUUUACCGGCUGCUGAACUUCUUUUAAACCAUGGAGCAUUGAUUAAUUCAAAAAAUUAUAAAGGAUUUACACCAUUUCACAAAUCUGUUAUUUAUAUGCAAACUGAAAUGAUAAAAUUGUUUUUACGUUACAAUGCAGAUGUGAAUUGUUGUGCAAACAACAAAAUGACACCACUUCUAAAUACAGUUAAUUCAGAAACGGCUAAAUUACUUUUAAACCAUGGCGCAGAUGUUAAUGUCCAAGAUAUGAAUGGCAAUACAAUCCUCAACACAGCGGUCUCCCUUGGAUGUACUUCAAUGGUGGAUGUUAUCCUAAAAAAUUCUUUUCCAGACAAGAACAACCAAAGCAACAAAAGUUCGCUUAAAGUAGCAUUAAUGAAUUUUUGUAACGAAAAUAUAAUUAAAAGUCUUCUUGACUAUGGGUUCACCUAUAGCUUGAAUGAUAUAAAUGAUGAUUCAUUGUAUAACGUUGUAAGAAAAGGAUAUGACGAUAUUUUGAACAUUUUUCUUGAACUCAAUCCCCGUUUGUUGCAUGACUUUAAAAAUGUCAAACCAUUACAUGUUGCUGUUAGAAAUUAUAAUUUUUCGACAAUUACACUACUACUUGCUAAUGGAGCUGAUAUUAAUGAAAUGGACGAAUUUGGAAAGGUUCCAAUAUUUUACAGCAUUAAAACCUCUAACUUUGUUAUGACCGAGUUUUUGUUGAAAUAUGAGGCAGAUGUUAAAAAAUGGCCCGAGCUUCUUAUCCUAGCCAGUAAAAAUGUUUGUAAAAAUAUUGUUGAAAUUUUACUUCAAAAUCAAGCAAAUACUGAAGGCACUGAUGAGUUCGGAAGGACAGCGUUACAUAUAACCGCUGUAAAUGAAUGUAAGUGUGUUAAAAUUGAUGAUAGAGCAGAUAUAGCUAGAUUGCUUCUUCAAUAUGGAGCGAAUGUUGAUGCUAAGACAAGAAGCUGCGGUUUAACAACUCUCCAUUUAGCCUGUCUCAAUAAUCACAUAAAACUUAUCAAAAUACUCUUAAAAUAUAAAGCUAAUAUUGAGUGUUUUACGGAAAAUAUGGAUAGCAAGAAUAUUUCUGAAAUUCAAGGAUCAAGGAAUCCAUCGAACAUAAGAAAUAUUUAUAAUAAAAUUCAAAAUGGACAAACGCCGCUUCAUCUGGCAGCAAAAGGAGGUAAUAAUGAUGUCAUAUAUAUUUUACUUCACGUAGGCGCCAAUAUUUGUGCCAGAGACAUUAACGGUUCGACACCACUUCAUGUGGCUGCAGCUGAAAGCAGUGUAUAUGUUGUACGCCGACUUGUAUAUCAAGGAGCUGAUAUUGAUGAAAUAAAUAAAGAAGGUCAAACAGCUCUUCACAUAGCUUGUACAUAUGGAAAGUACGAAAACGUGAAAUUCCUUCUAAAUUUUGGGUCAGACGUCAAUAUAGAAACAUACAACAAUGAAUCACCUAUUGAUUUAGUCCUUGGAUUCAUUCGUUCUACUGGAAAUUAUGUUGACUAUGGUAAUAACGAAACUUCUUGGGGCGCAGGAGUAUGUUCAUUAUAUGUUAUCAAACUUCAUUUAACUAUGUUAAAGUACGUAGAUAUCUUCAUAAAUAACAAAAAUCAACUUGCAAUACAAGGGUUUGAUUCCAAAUGGUACGAGAAUAUUUGUGCCGUAGAAAUAACAAAGUUAAAGACAACGAAAUUUGGAAAUAAAUUGUCUUUGUAUGAUAUCUUGACGAAGAAUACUAGUUCAUUGGUAAGAUAUUUUCGAAAUAAAGAAGUAUUGUACAAUUUUAAUGUGCACAGAUACCCAAUUUAUGGUCAAUUAAUUGAGCGUAACAAAAAAAAAGCUACAGAUAGAGUUAUUUUGCUUAAAUUGAGCCAUGAAUUUUGUGAAAAUUAUAUUAAAUUGCCAUAUGUUUGCUGUGAAAAAAUACUUAAUUAUUUGGAUAAUAAAGAUCUAAAAACUAUCACAGAUUUAUAGAAAACAAUUUGUUGAUUGAUAUUUUACUAUUUAUGUACAUUUAUGUAUUUUUUUUUGUAGAAUUCAAAAUAUUUUUAUUUAUUUUUCCUAACGUUAUUUUUACUAUUGAAGUUUGUUUGUGUUUUUGUUUAGUUUUUAUUAAAUUAAAACAGUUAAAUGAUGUUUUCUUUCUUGCAGUAUUUUAAAAAGGAAAUUAGACUAAGAUUGCGUUAAUGUUUCAAAAUAUUUUAAGUUGUUUUU